GGCAACCUUACUUUUCUUCGUUCCACCCCCGUCCACCCUCCUUCGUAUAAAUACGCCUAAUAUUCUUCACAAGCGUGACGCUGUCAUGGAGAUUCAAGAAAUCGGCAAACAAAGGUCGGGCAACGCUACCGAUGCUGGGCUCAAGUUUGAGCGCAACAUGACGGUUGAGUACCGCACACUCAGCAUCCAGCUCAGCCGCCACAACCAGCAGCAAUAUUCUGAGGCUGAAAAGUCAGGAGCCAAGUCUUUCUUCAGUCGCAUCUUCCCUGUUCGCAAAGCCUACGACCGCCGCCAGGCGUCGGAAAGCAAGCACGAGGCCAAACUCGGUGCCACUGCCGAUGAGCUGAGCACUCUCAAGUUCCACCUCGACACUGUCGAUGAGACCCUGACCAAGUUCAGCACCAGUCCCAUCCAGGGACUCGAGACGGAUGCUAUCAAGCGGUGCCGCGAGCGUGACGGUCCUAACGUUUUGAGUUCGCCGCCUAACCGUAUCUGGCUCAAGAUCUUCCAGUGGCUGUUCAGUGGGUUCUGUCCGCUGCUGUGGAUUGCAGCUGUAUGUGUCUGGAUUUCGUGGAAGCCACUUGGUAAACCAGCUAACGUUCAGUACCUAGCCCUGGCUAUCGCUAUCCUCAUCGUUAUUUUCCUCCAGGCUGCAUUUAACGCAUGGCAGGAGUGGACCACAUCGCGGGUCAUGGCGUCCAUCACCGGGAUGCUGCCUACCGAAACCAUGGUUACGCGCAACGGCAACAAGACCAGCGUUGCUGCCACCGAGCUUGUGCAGGGCGACAUCGUCCAUGUCCGCGGCGGUGACAAGAUUCCUGCCGACAUCCGUCUGAUUGAAGUCUCGCGCGACCUGCGCUUCGACCGCUCAAUGCUCACUGGCGAGUCAGACCCGAUUGUUGCCACCGUCAACCACACUGACGAGAACUACCUGGAGACUCGCAACAUUGCCGUCAUGGGAACCCACGUCACGCAAGGGUCUGGCACUGGCGUUGUCAUCGGUACCGGCGACAGCACCGUCAUGGGCCGCAUUGCCAAGAUGACCGCCAGUAAGAAGGAUGAGAAGACGCUGCUUCAAAUGGAGAUUGAGCGGUUCGUUUUGAUGGUUGCAGGACUCUCACUUGUUGUUGGUACGAUUCUCAUUAUUAUUUGGGCUGCUUGGCUCCGUCGCUCGUUCCCCACAUUCUUGACCCUCUCUGAUGCGCUUGUUAACAGCACGGGUGUCAUUAUUGCGUUUGUCCCGGAGGGCUUGCCUAUCUGCCUGACGCUCACAUUGACUCUUGUUGCUAAGCGCAUGCAGCGCCAGAAUGUAUUGGUCAAGAACCUGACUACUGUCGAGACCCUGGGUUCGGUUAACGUCAUCUGCUCCGACAAGACCGGCACGCUGACCCAGAACCAGAUGACCGUCGUCCACGCUGGCUUUAUCGACACCGACGUGUCUACCGACGAUCUGAAGACUCGCUUCGACUCUGGAAAGGAUGUUGCUGUCCAGCGCCUGUACGACACCGCAGCACUCUGCAACGGCUCGUCGUUCGACCCUGCUUCCAUGGACAAGCCCAUUGCUGACCGCCGGGUCAACGGCGAUGCCACCGAUUCGUCAAUCCUGCGGUUUGCCGAGCGCCUGCAGCCUGUUGCCACAGCUCAGGCCAAGUACACCAAGCUGUUUGAGAUCCCCUUCAACUCCAAGAACAAGUGGAUGCUGUCGCUGCGCAAGCUCGCAGGCACCCCGUCUGCGCCGGUCCUGCUGGUCAAGGGUGCGCCGGAUGUACUUCUCCAGCGCUGCUCGUCGAUCCAGAACGCCAGCGGCGACGUGCUCCCGCUUGACAAGGACAGCCUCGAGCGGCUGCAAGGACUCCAGCGCAAGUGGUCGGGCGAAGGACAGCGCGUGCUGAUGCUGUGCCGCCGCGAGUUCCAGGGCACCAACCCGUUUACUGGCAUUGAGGAUGACCAGGCCAAGCUCGAUGAGGUUGUCGCUGCCGUCAACACCGACCUGACGAUUGUUGGGCUUGUCGGCAUUGUCGACCCGCCGCGCAAGGAGAUCCCGCAUGUUGUCGACACCUGCCGCCGCGCCGGUAUCCGCGUGUUCAUGGUGACUGGUGACUUUGCUCUGACAGCCGCGGCUAUUGCGCGCCAGUGCAAGAUCAUCACCAACGAUCGCGUUGACUCCAUCGACGACAUCCGUGCUAAGGCCCUCCAGCACGCUCCUGGUGCUCUUGCCGAUGCCGGUGUCGAGAAGAAGACGCCGUCGAUUGACUCGUCGACUGAUAAGGGAACCGUGACGACUGCCGGGCAUGGUAACGAUGGAAUUCGCAGCCUGGUCCUGUCUGGCAGCGAGCUCGUCGGCCUGCAGCCUGAGCACUGGGACAUCAUCUGCCACUACACCGAGAUCGUGUUUGCGCGCACGACACCUGAGCAGAAGCUACUGAUUGUCCAGGAGCUGCGCAACCGCGAGUGCUAUGUUGCUGUCACCGGUGACGGUGUCAACGACUCGCCGGCGAUGAAGGCAGCCCACAUCGGUGUUGCUAUGGGCAGUGGAUCCGAGGUCGCCAAGGAAGCAGCCGACAUGGUCUUGCUCGACAACAACUUCUCGUCCAUCCUGAUUGGUAUUGAGAACGGUCGCCUUGUCUUUGAGAACCUGAAGAAGGUGCUUGUCUAUCUGCUACCCGCUGGAUCAUUCUCCGAGUUCAUGCCUAUGUUCCUGAACAUGGUGCUCGGUAUCCCGCUGCCACUAUCGGUUAUUCUCAUGAUCGUUAUUUGCAUGCUCACCGAUGUGUGGGCCAGUGUCUCACUCAUGUACGAGGCGCCAGAGAACGAUAUCAUGUAUCGUGCUCCACGCAACCCGAAGCGCGACCACCUGGUCGAUCUCAAGUUCUUCUUCCAUGCUUACGGAUUCAUGGGUGUCAUGCAGACCGUCAUUGCACACCUGGUCUACUUCAUCUUCAUGUACUGGAAGGGCGGGUUCUCGCCGAGCCAGCUGUUCCUGGCGUUUGACAAGUGGACAAUCGGACCAUAUCACGGCCACGAUACGGCUGAGCUCGCUAACCUGCUCAGCACUGGCCAGUGUGUGUACUUUAUUACCCUGGUCAUUUUGCAAUGGGGCAAUAUGUUUGCGACCCGCACCCGCCGUCUCAGUGUCUUCCAGCAGAACCCGUUCUGGGGUCCGACCAAGAACUUGAGACUUCCGCUUACUAUUCCAGUCACCCUUGGUGUCGUCUUCUUGUUCUGCUACGUGCCCGCAUUCCAGACGGUGUUCGGCACUUCCUCGAUCCCUGCUCCUUUCUACUUUAUCCCUAUCCCUUCGCCAUUUUGAUCCUCUGCGUUGAUGAGCUGCGCAAGUACUGGGUGCGUACUCACCCCAGCAGCUUCCUUGCCAGGUGGGCUUGGUAAGCCUGCUCCCUUUCCAGAGCCGGCGUGCCUUUUGCACUACCUGUUUUUUCAUGACGUAACACCCCUUGUUUACUAGUGCAUUUAAUAAAUAAUCCAGAAUUAG